AUGUCCGAACCUUCAGUAUCAACUAUGUACAAAGAGUCCGGGAUAAAGGUUUUAAUAGUAAAGCGAAGUUCCAUAAAGGGACAAAUUACUAAAUUCAAAAAUUAUUUAGACAAGAUUACAAGGCAAUCUCAAUUGACGGGUAUCGAAGUGGCUGAGCUUUCACUGAAGGUCAGUCGCUUUGAGAGUCUGUCCGCUAAAUAUGAUGAGCUGCAAACUCAAAUUGAAUUAAUAAAUGCUGAUACUUUAGACGAAGAGCUCGAUGAACCUGAUACACCAAAGGUCAACAAUGCCUCUGGUGAUGUCUCUGAGACUUCAGCAAAUUAUUCAAACAAAAAUUCAAAUCAAAUUAUUUUGUCUACUGCCCAAGUAUACAUUUUGAAUCCAACGACUAAUGAGCCUCUUAAAGUACGGGCCUUGUUGGACUCGGGCAGUCAGUCAUCUUUCAUUACAAAAUCUCUUCAACAAAAACUUGCAAUCAAUUCAAAUCCAAUUUCUGUUAACGUCAUUGGUAUCGGUCACUCAGACAACCAAAUCAAGGAAAGCUGUGUGAUCCAAUUAAAAUCCAUUUACAAUAAUUUUAAGACAAAGUUAAAUUGUCUUGUGCUUCAUAGGCUGACUGGGAAUCUGCCUAAGGCACCUAUAAAUAUACAACAAUUAAACAUACCAUCGCACUUGCAUUUAGCUGACCCCGAUUUCAAUCAGCCAGCUCCUAUUGAUAUACUAAUAGGAGCCGAUCUCUUCUGGCAACUCAUGAAAAACGACCGUAUUUCUUUAGGUGCAAACAAGCCUAUACUACAAUAUUCCAGUUUUGGUUGGUUAAUUGGUGGUCCUAUUUCUUAUCAAGCUAAACAAGUACUUUGCAAUAAUUCAGUCAUUAAUGACAACUUCCCAAACGAAAACAAAAUCGACAAUUUACUAGCAAAAUUUUGGGAGCUAGAAGAGCUUCCCCAGAAAACAAUUCUAAGCGAAACAGAAUUAGCCUGUGAGAACCACUUCCGGUCUCACACUUUACGGCUUCCUUCCGGCAGGUUUAGUGUCAAGCUUCCAUUACGCGAUUCUCCUGAUUGUUUAGGUUCAAAUGAUAGCGAGGAACUAAAUUAUAUUCAAAAUUCAGUUGCACAAGAAUUAGACAAAGGCUGUUUUAAAUUGCGUAAAUACAAAAGUAAUCUAAGUUCUAUUUUUGAUAAUUGUAAUUUAAAUUUGCAAGAAAAUUUUAUGUUAAGUGAGGCUUCGAGUACUCUAGGCUUAGGUUGGAAUCCAAAUAAUGACAUGUUAUAUUUUCCAGUUAAUAUUCCUCCUUUGAGAAAUAAUAUUACAAAAAGAAGCAUCAUGUCUGAUGCAUUCAAGAUUUUUGACCCACUCGGUUUGUUAAGCCCAUACAUCAUGCAGCCAAAACUUAUGUUACAAAAAUUAUGGAAGCUUAAAUCCGAUUGGGAUCAACCAGUACCGAUAGACAUUGAAAACGCUUGGAGGGAUUUUUCUAGGGACUUGUUAUUAAUUUCUAAUUUUCAAAUUCCUAGAUUUGUCCUUAGUGAGUCACCACAAAUUAUUGAUAUUCAUUGUUUUAGUGAUGCUUCUUUGGUUGGUUAUGGUGCUUGUAUCUAUGCUAGGGUUACCUCUUCAAAUAAUCACAUUGAAGUAAAGCUCCUGUGCUCCAAAUCAAAGGUAGCCCCCUUAAAGCCUGUUUCAAUUCCUCGAUUAGAACUAUGCGCCGCCUUACUUUCAAGUCGUUUAGGCAAAGCUGUUAUAAAUUCUAUUAGAUUUACUCCUAAUUCUGUCACUUAUUGGUCUGAUUCUAGUGUUGUCCUGGGAUGGCUCAGUAGUGACUCAACUAGACAAAAAACCUUUGUAGCUAACAGAGUAGGGGAAAUUCAGGAAAAUACCAAACUAUCUGCUUGGCGCUAUGUACCUACCGAUCAUAAUCCUGCUGAUUUAAUUUCACGAGCUACUACUUUAAUUCAGUUGCAAAAUUCAGACUUGUGGUGGCACGGACCAACAUUCUUGACUAAAGAUCAGAAUGAGUGGCCUGCUUUAAAGUCUUGUGACAACGUUGAUUUACCUGAUGUGAAAUUCACAGCCACGGUAAUGAUCACAAAACCUAUUGAAUUAAUUGAUUUUGAACGAUUUUCUAACUUCAACAGAUUACAAAGAACAAUGGCAUAUGUCCUUCGGUUUAUAAACAAUUUAAGAAAUUUCAAGAAUAGGCUCUCUGAUCGUCGCUACGUACGUUUUGACGGUAACCUUCAAAAGAUAAAGCUGUCACGAACGGCGCGACGGUCAACUUAU